AUGGGCAAUAUUAUUGUAUUUGAAUCAAGCUUGACAUCAUCACAAGAACUUGAAAGUUUAAGAGCAACACUUACUGAAAUAAAUACAUGCCUAUCAAUAGAAAAUGAUAAAUUAAAAUAUAGUGAAUUGUUUAACUUAAAAAAGGAUUUAGAAGAGUUAAUUACAUUGAAAGAAGAUGAACUUUUGGCUUAUAGGAAGUUACAGCUACUAACUGAAGUUGAUUCUAUCCUUGCUAAGAAUAAUACUACAAAAAACAAUGAGAUCGAACCUUCAUCUUCACAGAUUAACACAUUAUCAGAGCCUAUAAAUGAGCAUUCAUUAAUUGGACAACGUUGUAGUAUUCCGGGAUGGACUUCAAAUGGAAAAUUUAUUCGACAGAAUGCUUUGAUACUAUCGAUUGUUGAUUGUGAUGGUGAAAUGCCUGAACGAGUUCGUGUAAUAUUGUCUCAUCCGACACGCUAUAGUGAAAUUCCAUGUGAAAGUUUUUUUGAAACUGGAUCAUGUUAUCGUGGGAUUCGUUGCCCUAAUUCUCAUGGUAAAAUUGUUAAUAUUGAGGAUAUUGAGGAUUGGUUCGAACCGGAUGCUCAGAAAUACUUGCGUGAAGGUCAACCAUGUUUAGCAAAUGAUCCUAACAGCCCGCAUAGCUCAUUAUGGCGACAUGCUCGGAUUCUUCAAACAGAUUUCGAAUCAUCUACAUGUGUCAUUCAAUGGGGUCAUGGUGGCAUUCGCUCAGAUGAAAAAUCAGCGGUUAAACGACAAUCAUACGAUAAUUUAGAAGCUGAAGUUAUCAGUUUACCCUUGAAGUGUAUUCAUGUAUUGGAUGAUGAUGAUGAUGACGAGGAGGAGGAGAAUACAGAUUGUGAUGUCUCUGUAACUAGUGGUGUUUCAGUGUCCACAACUGAUGAUUCUGAAUCGGAGGCUAAUGAUGAUUUAAAUUCUUCUUUGUCAACUAAAUUUCCUAUGCAUUCAAUGCCUAACGAAAAAACUGUAGAUGAUACUGCGAAAUCACAAUCAUAUCCAAAAACUGACGGUAGCAGUAGUAAACUUCGUUCACAUGUUCAGUUUUUCUACGGUACUACUCUUAAUCCCAGUGAAUUAUUAAUGGACUCAUCAAGUUCAGUAAUCAGUGUAGAGGAGGAAUCAAAGAUUAAUAACGAUGAUGAUAAUAAUAAGCAACAUCUACUUGGAGAAUGGGAGGUGCAUACACGAGGAAUUGGCUCACGUUUAUUAGCCAGUAUGGGUUAUCCAGGUUAUGGUGGACUUGGUCGUUGUCAUCAAGGUCGUCAGUUUCCUGUAUGUACCAGUCUUGAAAAAUAUCAAAUUCAUAGUGCCAAAUGGCAUCGACCUUCCUUAGAUAAUGUUGUGUUACCACCGAAAAGGCGCAAAGCACGUCGUAAUGCUGCAUCAUUAUCAAUGACACAAGGUAAAAAAGGAAAUGUGAAUACAUGUCGGAACACUACAUCUAAGAAUGAAGGCAGUUCUUAUUCUGGUGGAAGUGUUUUUCAGUUAAUCAAUCUGGCAUUAUUAUCCAAUAACAGAAGCGGUACUUGUAGUACUACUAGUACCAGUGAUAAUUCCAAACCUUCAAACGUCAGUAAUUCUUUAAAGAAUACACAGAUAUCAUCUAUUACACAUUGUAAUGAAAGUGUGCUAAAGCGUAAAUUGUUCCACACACAUGAACAGAUAAAUAAAUUACACCAGCAUAUUUGCAAAGCUCAAGGAGCUGUGAAAAGAAAUGAAGGUCGAGAUCGUAUAGCAGUGAAACAAGCUCAGCAGAGAGUAGUUGAAUUACAAUCGCAACUGAUACAAUUAAAAGAGAAUGAACGAACUAUUGUAAACAUGCAAAAUAAACAGAUGAAAGAGAAAAAACUGCGUAUAUUUUAA